AUGGAGAAUCUGGAAGAAGUUGUAGCCAGGGAGGAAGCCGAGAGACAACAGAGCUUGCGUGACUUGGAGCAGCUCUACGAAUGGCUGCAGCAGUUCGAAGAUCCACCUCCAGCUCCUAAACCACCUCCGCCGUACCAAUUCAGAAAUGGUGGAGUGUCCGACAAUAAAGCAGUCAUCAAAGCGCUACGCUUUAUGGUUAUCAACUCUAAAAUGGUUUGA